AUGAAGAAGAUCUUUUCAUCAGAGACCAUGGACAUCCCCGACGGCGUGAGCAUCAAGGUUGAAGGCCCUUGCGGGGAUUUCCAGCUCAUCACCGAUGAGAAAGGCAAGAAGAAGCUCAAGAUCGAGGCCUGGUUCGGUACCCACAAGAUGAGGCUCGUCUAUGCCCAUUUUCCCAUCAACGCUAGCAUCACUAAUCACAACAAGGGCAUCAAGAUCCAUAGCUUUCUACUUUUCGUGAGGAAAGUGGAUAUGCUUGAUGGAGUUUCCAUUGUGCGAUCUGAGAAGGUGAAGGAUGAGUUGGUUUUCGAUGGAAAUGACAUUGAGCUUGUUUCUAGGUCAUGUGCCCUUAUCAAUCAGAACAAGGAUAUCAGGAAGUUUCUUGAUGGUAUUUAUGUUAGUGAGAAGGGGACCGCAUUAAUAAAGAAGCUAGAGAAUGAUUUUUUGAAGAGAGAUAAAAGUGGUGGUUAUUUGAAAAGAGUUGUGUGUGAGAGUUAUUUCUAGAACUGUUAAGAAUCA